UAGCGCCAUCCACACUGCUCCCACUAGACUGGCUGUACAGACGGCAAGCAGAGUCAUCAUCAUCCUGAUCAUCCAGCCCUCUUUGUCUCCUCCACCCUCUCUCCUCCAAGCAAGACUCCACCUCUCACUUUCUCUCUUUCUCUCUGCCACCAUCACACUCACUCUCAAAGCACAUACACACUGUUCCCACGACUCCUCUCUCCUACUCCAGAGGAGCGCGCAUCCUUGUCAGGGGCGAGCUAAUUUCAAGCUGAAGGUGUGCUGUUGUUGCCAGUGAGCCGGACUGGAAGGAACUCCUCCAAGUGAAGAUACUACCUGAGUGUCCACUGGAGGAGGUAAAGAGUCACUGAAGGUGACAUCGUCGACACAAAGAGACCAAGCGCCGUCUGUGAAAAGAAGCAGAACUUGUCUUCAAAAACCCACCUUUUUCCUGGGGAUUGUGAAGAGGAUCCAGGGAGGAAGCCAGCGUGCUGCCAGCGUCUGCCUGGCUGCGCAGCAUUAUCUGAGAUGAACGAGAGUCGAAGGGAAGCGCUGGCGGCGGCGGCGCCCGUGCCCACCACGGCCUCCGCCUCGACGGCCGGGUCCAACAGCACCAACACGGCCGGACUGGGCGCCGGCGAGAAUGACGAGGCCUUUUCUAAGCUGAAGGACAAGUUCAUGAACAAGCUGAACAAAAUCCCAUUGCCGUCAUGGGCCAUCUUCUCCAUCGCCUGCGUGGCGAUCAUCCUGGUGUUAGCCUGCUGCUUCUGUGUCUGCAAAAAGUGGAUAUUCAAGAAGAAAAACAAAAAGAAGGGCAAAGACAAGGGCAAGAAUGCCAUCAACAUGAAGGACGUCAUGGACGGAACCAAAACCGAGGCCUUGAAGGAUGAGGAGGAUGCAGAGACAGGGCUGACCGAAACGGAGAAAGAGGCCACGCCCAAGGAGGAGGAGAAACUGGGCAAAUUGCAAUACUCCCUGGAUUACAAUUUCACGGAGAACACGCUCAUAGUGGGGAUCAUCCAGGCGGCAGAACUGCCCGCCAUGGACAUGGGCGGCACGUCCGACCCGUACGUGAAGGUCUACCUGCUGCCGGACAAGAAGAAGAAGUUUGAGACCAAGGUCCACAGGAAGACCCUCAACCCCGUCUUCAACGAGCAGUUUACCUUCAAGGUUCCAUACGUAGAGCUCGGUGGGAAGACGCUGGUGAUGACCGUGUACGACUUUGACCGCUUCUCCAAACACGACGCCAUCGGUGACAUCAAGGUGCCCAUGAACAAGGUGGACUUCAGCCACAUCACGGAGGAGUGGAGGGAUCUGCAGAGUGCUGAGAAGGAGGAGCAAGAGAAACUGGGCGACAUCUGCUUCUCGCUGCGAUACGUGCCCACCGCUGGCAAGCUGACCGUGGUCAUCCUCGAGGCCAAGAACCUGAAGAAAAUGGACGUGGGAGGCUUGUCAGCUUCAGAAAUACGCAAAGACCUGAUGCAGAACGGCAAGCGGCUGAAGAAGAAGAAGACGACAAUCAAGAAGAACACCCUGAACCCUUACUACAAUGAGUCUUUUAGCUUUGAGGUCCCAUUCGAACAAAUCCAGAAAGUGCAAAUCGUUAUAACCGUUCUGGACUAUGACAAGAUCGGCAAGAACGACGCCAUCGGCAAAGUCUUCGUGGGCCUGAACAGCUCGGGGACGGAGCUGCGCCACUGGUCCGACAUGCUGGCCAACCCGCGGAGACCCAUCGCCCAGUGGCACGUGCUGAAGCCCGAGGAGGAGGUGGACGCUCAGCUCUCCACCAAGAAAUAGAUGGGGGGGCCCCUUUCAAGCGCCUGCCUUGUAGUACUCUUUAGCCAGUUAUGUGUAAAUACCUCAGUGAUAUAUGGGUCCAUCCAUGUGAGCCCCUCCCCCCCGCCCUCCUGUUUAGCCCCGCCUCCUGAUUUCACACAGCUGUUGAAACGCCCUGUGCUUUUUUUCCCUCCCCCUUCUACUUUUGUGUUUUUUAACGCGUUUCUUGUUCCAGUUUGAUUCCGCCGUUCGUUCUCCGUCACCACAUCGACCCCGCCCCUGACCAAAUGCCCCGUCCCCCACUUCUUUUAAGCAAUAUGAUCUGUAUAGAUAGCGCAUGACUGAAAGAAUUUAUUGCACCACACAGUUGUAUAUAUAUUAUUGCGUAUGCAGACAAAAAUGAUUUCUAGUUUAUGUGUUUGUAUGUUGUUACCCGUUUCUUAAUCUGUGUAUAUCUCGAUGUUUUUAAUAAGAUGUUCUAUUUUAAAUUCUGUAAAUGCAGAUAUAGAGGAAAGCCAAUAUUAUAUAUAUAUAUAUAUACAUAUAUAUAUACAUCCCAGGAUUUAAAAAGAAAUUCUACCUUAUUACCUUAUUGCAUUCCAGAUGGGAAGAGAUAAAACAAAAAUUCUGACCUGCUAGUGGGAAAAGGACGAUGUCGAGGAUUAUGACAGAAAAUAUUAUACACACUCAUACUAAUCUCCAAAUAUACGUACAUACGAGGCCAUUAACUACUAUGGUUCAGUGGGGGUAAAAACUACGAUUAUGCUGCUGGAAAUAAUACAAGCACAUGAUUUCUUAUGACUUUUUGUACUUAGGUAAAAGUUCGGCUCGAUGCACAUGAUCUCCGGGAAACAAUAGUCGGCACGAAACCACCGCGCGUUUGAGUUUUCCUGCGGUUAAAAACAGGCCCACGUUUUAAAUCAUUCACCACGACGAAGGGUUUGUCUUGUUGUUGUUUUUUUUUAAAUCUCUUUUUUUCCCAAAAAAAAAACACCUUGUGGCCCCGUGUGGAUUUAAAAAAAAAAGAAAAAAAGAAAAGCACCAAGUUGUAGCCAUUGUGUCCUUAAGCUAAUUUUACGAUAUCUUGUUUGCGUUAAUGUCGUAGGGAAUAUCGCGUUCAGGCCAGGAGGGUUUUAAAGAAGACUAUUUUUUAGAGCAAAAUUUCAACGUCUUUGACUAUUUUUAGUGACCUGCAUGAUUUUUUUUACGAUCUUUCCUAAAGGCUGGGGACGGGGACGGGGGGUGGUGGGGAAAUUCACUGACACCAGGGGGCGCUCUUUACUGACACUACCCCCUUGCCUUCAGUCAGAGGAGAGGAGAGGGAAGAUGAAUCGUUUAGACUUUGCGUUAAGUUGACGGAGCGAGUUUCUUAAACACUGCCAUUUUCAGGGAGGCGUCGCGGACGCUCCCGCCCACGUGCUCGUGGUCGUAGCUUUGGUUUAUCGGGAACAAUGUCUUCAGUGGCUGCAGCGGUGCCGUCGAAUCGCAGUCUUUGCUUUUGCGUUGCCUUCUCACAGUGACAUUAGAGCGAGCCAUGUUUUACUGCCAGUUUUAACCUUCUAUGUGGCUGCUGUUUUGCACUGGAUGUCUUCGAGAACUUGCUCGUUGAAUUUUUCUGUUGGUUGGGUUUAUUUCAGGACACCUGCAGGGGGAGGCGGGGCUAUGGAAUUAGAUUUGUGUCAGUAUUAUAUAACAUAACACGUUUUAAGAAGCAAACGGAAAAGGAACCACAAAUUCAAAAUACACAAAUUUGGUUUAGUCAUUCAAAAAUAUUGUAUUUCAUUGAUUUGAAAAUACAUUUUUCGUUCGGAAUUUUGCGCGGAAGUAUAGCAGGGCUUUAGGAAGCUGCCUGCUGAUUGGCACUCCCCGUGGACAUGCGACAAAAUAAUUAUAAGUAUCUGACGUUCGACAAAGCUAAUACCUUAAAAAUAAUCUGACAAUGUAUAAUAACUAACAGUCUUACGGGGGAAACCUUGGGUAGCCAAUCAGCAGGCAGCUUCCUAAGGCCCCGCCCAUGGUCAGUAUCGCGAACAAAAAACCACAACGCAAAGAACAAGGGAUUUUGAUUGUGUGGUUCAUUUUGUUUUGCUCAAUUCAUAAAGUUUGUUGCUUGCGUCGUGAAAAGUCUUUGAAAAACAUUGACUCAAAUCUAAUUCCGUGGGGGGGCGGGGCCAGAAAUCCUCCUGCUUGAUCGAUCCAUCGAUUAUUAAGCGGAAAAAGCAGUGACGACAAAUCAGCCAGCAACAAAAGCCGUUGUUUGUUUUACCUGUUGUUUGCACGGCGACACCAAGAGAAGCGCGGGAAAAAAAAACAACAACCGUAAAAGUUAAUGGUCUGUGUAGGCGAUUUAGUCCAUCAUGUCCUUUACUACGGGUCCAAAUCAGGAACGGGAAUAAGUUUGUAAUCCAUGAAAAACCAUUGAAGUCUCUUAUCUCGGAGGAACCUCUUGCGUAUACUCGAUACUAAGCUUCAGGAGGACUUUCUAAAUGUUUUUCAAUGUUCUUGUGUAGUUGAUAGCACUAUUAUGAAAAAAAGCUACGUGUCAUUCCAUAGGAGUCUCUGAAGACUGCUUUGUGUAUCACUGUGACUGCCGUGUAUGCGUGUGUGUGCGCGUGCGUGCGUGUGUGUGUAGAGAUGUAGACUUAUCAGUAGGUUUGUUCUGUAGUGAUGUCGUAGCGUUUAACGCCAUUUUCCCUUCUACAUGCAGAGAAACGAGAGAGAGGGAGAGGGAGAGCGCUGUGUCGUCCCCGCAGAUUCAACAAGACGUUUAAAAAAAUGAAAGAGGUGGAACGCCAUUUUAAUCCCGAGCGUUAGCGAGUCGCUUCACACAGCGUUUUGUUGAGCACCGUGCAAUAUUUAUGUGUUCAUUCCAUUGUGUUCAAAUGGGCGACGUUGUCCAGAUUCAUCCCAGUCCCGAGAGAUGUUUCGUUUUUCAAAAGAAAUUCCUUUCCUUACCAGGGUCCGUGUAUGUGACGGCUAACAGGUCUUUGUUUGUAAGAAAAUGAAAACGAGCAUAGCUUAUUUUGUCUGUUAUACAGUCGACCCCAUUUUUCUGUACGGAAGAUUUGCACGGAUAGAAUAUAAAAUUCUAUGAUGGUUAAGAUACUAUAUAACAGAAAGUAUCGGUAACGAUAGUGAUAGUUUCCGGGUCACAACAAAAUGAGCUGCUAUGCAAAGUCGGACAACUGAUCAUUCUCGUUGCUCGUUUUCCCGAUGUUGUUGUUUUUAUUUUCUUAAAAACCAGAUAGAUCCGUUGGCCUUCAAGUACGCUGACCUCCCAGAGACAUGGUUAGGACACAGCACACGUAGAUUCAGCUCAUAUAGACAAAUCCGGCCCGGCGAUUUGUGUGUGUACCGCCAUCUAGCUGCAUCAUUGCAAAAGAAAAAUGAGACAAAAACAGGUAAAAGUAGGAAGAUGCCACAGCAGUAAUGGUGUCUCACUCGCUCACUUCCGCUUCUUUGCCGGAUUUGUCUAUAAGUCGGAGCUUGGCGCCCGUCGACCUCGGCGUACGGUUCCCUCCCGUUUUUUUGUCUUUUUUUUUUUUUGUUUUCUUCUUGCUCACAGUUCCAGCACCAGACGUUUCAGGGAGUUAUCAGUUUAAAAUACCAAACCGCGUUCUGCACUCACAUAAUCCCCCACUUAUUUAAAA